AUGGAUGGCCCCAGUGUUAUUCCCAAGACGGGAGAUGACGACCAUUGUUUCCAACAUGAUCCUGCUACUAAGCUAUAUAUAGGACCUGAUUUCAGGAAGCAAACCGUGACUCUUCAGGUCAGAGAGAGAUCAUGGGCUGUGAAUUUGAUUGGUCAUACUAAAGAAUCAGGAGCUGAAAUUUCUGGUGGCUGGCGUGAAUUUGUGACGGAAAAUGGUUUGAUGGAAGGAGAUGUUUGUAUAUUUGAGCUCAUCGAGAGAAAUGACAUUGUACUGAAAGUUCACAUUUUCAGAUGUUGA